UUUCAGAAAAUGUCUCUUCAAGAAAAGUUCGACGCUGCUGUGGAAAUCAUCCAGAAACUUCCAAAAACAGGACCAGUUGCCACCAGCAAUGAUCAGAAGCUUACCUUUUACUCUUUGUUCAAACAGGCUUCUAUCGGAGAUGUGAACACCGAUAGACCAGGAAUUUUCUCCAUCAUCGAGAGAAAGAAGUGGGACUCAUGGAAAGAGCUCGAAGGAGUGUCUCAAGAUGAAGCUAAAGAGCGUUAUAUCAAGGCUCUAAACGACAUGUUUGACAAAAUCGCCGAGGAACUUGAUGUUGCCGCUUGGCUUGAACAAAUUGACCCAGUCAUCAAAACCAACCUCGCUCUCAUUGGAAAGUAAAUCUUAAUUAUCAUAAACAUUUUUUUUUCAAAUUUCGAACAAUAUAAUUAUUUGUAUUGCUUCUUGAUACUAAAUAAAUAUGAAUUAAUUUUGUAAAUUGAA